CGGCCUGUGGGUGCUCGCCCUCCACCGCCCAUCCGCAAACGUGCGUUCUCUCCCGUCGGUAUGUCCUCUUCCUCUCCACCGCCUAACCCCCGUACUUAACCCUCCCCAUCGUCCCUUCCCCACCAUACCCACUUCGCGACCGCGUCUUCCGCUCGCGGCAUGCCAGAGAUGCCCGUGUCCGAAAAAGAAAACAACGUCAAGGGCGGGCUCGAGGACUACGAGCGCGAGGACUCGGGCCGCUACCCCUUCCUCCUCAACUACAGGGAGUGCAAGCUUCUCGGCAUCGCAGGAGUCGGCUUCUUCCUCGAUGCCUAUGACCUCUUCAUCAUCAACCCCGUAGCGACGAUGCUCCAGUACCGUCUCUACAACGGCGCCCCCAUCCCCUCCGGCAUCCAGGGCUUCCUCAAGGCCUCCGCCAACAUCGGCUCUGUCAUCGGCCAGUUCGGCUUCGGCUAUGCAGCAGACACUUUCGGUCGCAAAGCUGUUUACGGAAAGGAGCUGAUGAUUAUCAUAUUCGCCACGAUCCUCUGCAUAUCUGAUCCAACUGGCGACCUCUCUGCAACAGGGAGUGUUCUCUGGCUCUCCAUCUGGCGCAUCAUCCUCGGCAUCGGCAUCGGGGGCGACUACCCCAUGUCCGCAUCCGUCGCGACCGAGCGCGCGAACCUCCGCCGGCGCGGCACCCUCCUCUCAUACAUCUUCGCAAACCAGGGCUGGGGCUCGCUCGUCGGCAGCCUGAUGGUCAUCAUCGUGCUCGCAUGCUACCACAACGUCAUGGAGGUAAAGGGGGAGACGUCCAAGGUCGACGGAGUGUGGCGGAUAUUGGUCGGGUUGUCGCUCAUCCCCGCGUUCGGCACGCUCUACCAGCGCCUCACCCUCCCCGAGUCGAAGCGGUUCAAGGCGUCCCAGAAGGGCGCCGAAGCCGAGACGGACUCGAUCGACGAGCUCAAGAAGAAAGCCGACGCCGACCCGGGCGUGCAAGAGUCCGUGCGGCCCGCCGCCGCCUCGGGCACACCCACCCCCACGGCGCUGUCGCCCGCCCCGAGCGCCGCGGCGCCCGCGCAGCCCAAGCGGGAGCACUGGGCGGAGUUCCUGCACUACUUCUCGGAGUGGCGGCACUUCCGGGUGCUGCUGGGGACGUGCGCGUGCUGGUUCCUGCUGGACGUCGCGUUCUACGGGAUCAACCUGAACCAGAACGUCGUCCUGGAGGAGAUCGGGUUCGACGGGAGCAGCGGGUCCGCGUGGACGCGCCUGUUCAAGAUCGGCAUCGGCAACCUGAUCGUGACCGCGCUGGGCUUCGUGCCGGGGUACUAUGUGACGAUUCUGACGAUCGAGUGGUUGGGGAGGAAGUGGAUACAGAUCCAGGGGUUCUUGUUGGCCGCGCUGUUCUUGGGCAUCCUCGCGGGCAAGUUCUACACCCUCGGCACGGUUGGGUUCAUCGUCAACUUCGCCUUCCUCCAAUUCUUCUUCAACUUCGGCGCGAACGCCACGACCUACUGCUAUCCCGCGGAAGUCUUCCCGACCAAGUUCCGCGCGUCCGCACACGGCAUAUCCGCGGCGUGCGGCAAGGCGGGCGCGAUCAUCUCCGCGCUCGUGUUCAACUCGCUCACGGAGUCGAUCGGCACGCCGAACGUGCUCUGGAUCUUCUUCGGGUGCUGCAUCGCCGGCGCGGGCUUCACGCUCCUCCUCCCCGAGGUGCGCGACCGCGAUCCGGACUUGGUCUACGCGGAGGAGCUCCGGGAGGAGGAGCGGAAUCGGAGGGGGACCUAGGUGGUUAAUCGAGGGGCCGUAGAGUUGGCGGGGACUGUUUUAUGCUGUUAGACAGGCGUGUGGGUCUCGCGAAAUUGCGUUGAGGACCUCCGAAGCCGUGUCACGAC